AGAGGACUCACACACACACAAACACACACACACACACACACACACUCAAACACACACACACACACACACACACUCAGUUCACAGAGCAGUGGAUAAUCUGAUCUCACCGCUGAACAACUGUUGGUUUCCCUCUGAUCUGAUUUCAACAAGCUGCUUCGGGAAAAACCAAGAAGAGCGAAUAAGGAGUAAAAGGAAAAAAGACGUAAAAUAUCCAGGCGUUAAUCCUUCAGGAAUCAGAGAUGACAAGUCAACGGCUCCCCUCCUGCUCAGAUCAUUUAAGAGGCAGUCUGUGAAGUGUUCCAUCAUGGCUGCCUAAAGCCUCAGGGGUUCAGAAAGCAAUAUGGCCCCAGCCCUGACCAAAAUCCUGAAAGAUGGCCAUGGCAUCCACCUGUCCUCACCUCUUUCCUCUGUCAGAGGGGACUCCAAUGGGAGAGCCAUGCACAGGACUGAGCUGGAUCCUCACAUGAGGCCCACAGAGGACGGUGACCCCCAGAUGUGGCUGAACCUCUCCUUCUGUCCCUCUCUGGACCCCUGCCUGCCAGCGAGACCCCUGAAGGUCCUUGCCAACCCUGUGCUUCCCCCAUGUCUGGAGGCGUCUGCCAGCCAGUGGGAGUCGGUGGUCCUCUCCAGCCCUGCUUCUCUCCUCGGAUUCCUCUCCUUUAAUGAAGAUCCGAGAGAUUCUCAUCAGGUGGUCUCGGUCCUACCAGGUGUACCAGACAUGUUUUUAGGCCCUGUCCCUGAGCACAAUAGCCAAGAGGCUUGUUUGCUGCAUGGCCGGGGUGCUGCUCAUGAAUGUGGGCCAGAUGGUGGUGAUGUGCACCGCUCCCCUUUCACACUGACUAGUGUUUCUCAAUCAGAUUUCUUUGGGGAGAUUAAGUCCCAGGACUGGGCUCCCUUUUCUCCACCCCCACCGACACUGACACAGGAGAGAGCAGCCAGAGUGGACUGUGCUCCUCUAGCUUCAGAGCAGUCUUGCAGUGGCAGCUUGAACUUUGACCAGCUGGUACCCAGAGCUGUGCUGGAGGAGGCCAUGAAGGAGCAGCUCUCUAGGCAGGAAGAGUUGCAAGGCCAAGCUUGGAGGCUGCAGAAGAGACUGCAAGCCCUGCUCGGAGAGCACGCUUUGCGACACUGCAACCAGCAGCUGGAGGGGCUGAAACAGCACAUUCAUCUUGGGGAUGUACUUAACGACAGCCUGGACUCCAGCCAUCUUGGUAUAGUACCUCCACAAGUGGGUGGCAAACCCUUUCUGUCUUCACUAGAGUCGUCCACAGCAUCAUCUUCCUUCACGGAGCACAGAGAGUUGAGCCGCUCCAGCCAGGCGGUGCUGAGAGGCCUGCAGGAGGCCUUGGACUCUGAGGCCACAGCCAGCAGCAGCUCAGACGAUGAGGUGGAGGAGGAGAAGAAUGUCAGCAAAACCACAACAUCACGUGUCAGCAGCAGCAGCAGCAGAUGUGCGAGGCGAUGGCUGGAAGAGAGAGUGGAGCUGGGCAGCAGAUGGAGCUGGCUGCAGCUGCGUCUGUCCGAGCUGGAGGGGAGGAUACAGCAACUGGUGGAGCUCCACAAGCAUAUCCGCUCGUCCAAAGGUGGUGUGGUGCUCGCAGCGUCCCAGCCGCUGACAGACAGGCAGAUUCAGCAGACCCUGCUGAAGGAAGUGGAAGGGUUAUGCUGCACAGCGUCAGAUGCUGACACUGAACCUUGCAGCCCCACACACCUUCUGCACAGCAUAGAGAGGCAGAGCGCCCAGCUCAGCCAGAUCGUCAGAAGUCUGAUGCCUCCGCUCAGCUUUUCACCGCUCUCAAAACAAGCACGGACCUGUAAAGACAAGAGAUCCUUCACCAGUGGUCAGAGAGAAGAUGAUGCUUUUCUGCCCGGCGGCUCUAAGAGACAGAGACUGGCGACCACAAGGCGGUACAAGGCUGAUGCGUGGGUUUGUGCCCGAACCCGGCCUUUGGUCUCCUACCACAAGCCCAAACUGUUCACUUUCAACACACACAACUCCAGCAGUUCACAGGAGCCGUGGAAGUCCAUGUCCACACUCAGCUCUUCACUCUCCUCAUCUUCCUAUUCGUGCUGCUCCUCUCCCGCUGUCCUGUGUUCUGAUGCCGACUGCAGCUCCAGCAGCUCGGCCCUGACCUCCAGGAGAAAGAGCUCCAGAGCUCACUGUGCGAUGUCUCUUUCAUUUGGCACUCCUCAGGCCCACCCCCCACAGAGAGCCCUCGCUCGAGAAGAAUGGUCCCAGAGGACGUUAGUUGUCGAUGCCCAAUCGCCCACUCCAGUACACUUCAAGAGACGCACCUCCACGCCACUGCACAACAGUCACAAAUACAAGCAGCAUGCAAGACAUCUUAAAAGCAGAGUUAUGGGUCUGUCACCUAUCAGGAUGACAGGCUCUGCUCAGGGUCGACACAGGAGAGCCAAUCAGAAGGAGAGGAAGAGGAGACACAGCCACAGGCUUGAGGAAGAUUAUAAAGAUGUCCUGUACCGGUCAUGUGAGCCGGAGGGAAGUUCAGACGACGUGCUGGAGGAGAGCUACACACAGUUUCCACGCAAGCAGGACUCGCAAGGCUCUGUUCGCAAACGCCAGGGAGAGAGUGUGUACAACAUCAACAACAUUGUCAUCCCCAUGUCACUGACCAAAGUGGAGAAGCUGCAGUACAAAGACAUCCUCACACCGCGGUGGCGGCUGCUGUCCAGCCAGUCUCCGAGAGAGAAAGAGACAGAGAGGAAGGAGGACAGUGAGGAAGCACAGGUUGAGGAGCUCAGCGAUGAAGCCUUUGCUCAGAGGUACGUUGCUUUGGAGAAGAAAGAGAAACUGCGCUGGUCCUCCUGGGGAAAGAGAAAAUGCUUCAGGCAUCUUACAAGAUCUGGCAGCAGGCUGUCAGGCGGUGGGGGCGGGGUGUUCACAUCAGGAGAGGAGAGCUCUGCGGAGUGGAGCGGUGCUCAGCUGGAAACAGACGAACAGCCGAGCUCGGAGGAGUGGCUGCCUCAGACACCGUGGGAACGACGAGUGUUUCCUCUGGACGAGGAUGAGGACGAAGCCCUCCUCUCUGACAGUUUAGUGUGUUCAGAUUCUGGUUGAUCCGCAUCAAAGAACUCCAACUCCCAGCUCUCCCCAGCACAAGCCUCAGGUGCUACACUGCCCUCUGGUGAACAAAGCAGCAGCAUUACACCUCAAGGCAGCUGAGGGAGCUGUGCCUUAACCCUUUUUAU